AUGGGCUUCUUCGGCAAAGAAGAUCCCCCUGAAGACAUCAUCGAACAAGCCCCGACCAACGAGGAUACCGAAAAGCAGCUCACAUCGCAUUAUUCCGAUGAAAAUAACACGGCUUUACCUCCGGCUCCGGUCGUGCACAUCGAUCCGGCAGUGGAAAAGCGCAUGUUGAGAAAACUGGAUUGUCGACUUCCGUUACUCUUGGGAUGUUUGUAUCUGUUGGCUUCGCUGGAUCGGAGCAAUAUCGGAAAUGCCAAAAUCGCAGGUAUGGAGGAUGACCUCCAUCUCUCAAGUGAUGACUAUUCAUGGCUCCUGACUAUCUUCUACAUCUCCUACACCGUGUUCGAGUUCCUAGGAAUCAUGUGGAAGCUCGUUCCGCCUCAUAUAUGGGCUGCCGUGGCUGUUUUUGGAUGGGGCGUUAUGGCCGUCUGUCAAGCAGCGACGCAAAACUGGCAAGGCAUGAUGGCCUUACGUUUCCUCCUGGGACUCUUCGAAGCGGCCUUUGGCCCCGGAGUUCCCUACCUGAUGUCAUUCUUCUACCGUCGCAAUGAACUGGGACUGCGGUGUGGAUUGUAUGCAUCUGCUGCUCCGUUGGCGAGCACAUUUGCUGGUGCACUCGCAUAUGGAAUCACGUCCGGACAUCCCCUAUUGACUAGUUGGCGGUUGCUUUUCCUUGUCGAGGGUGUUCCUACGCUCAUUGGCGCAGUGCUUGCCUGGUUCUACUUACCCGAUGGUCCAGCUUCUGCGAAUUUCCUGACAGCGGAGGAAAAAGAGGUCGCAUGUAUCCGAAGCUUGCGCCGCGGAGGUGAAGCGGAUCGCGUGGACGGGAUCGACUGGAAGGACCUGGGGAUGACCUUGCUAGACGCGAAGCCGUGGCUCACUGCUUUCAUGUACUUUAGCUGCAACGUUAGCUUCUCCUCGCUCCCCGUCUUCCUCCCCACCAUCCUCCAAGACAUGGGCUUCACCUCUAUCCACGCCCAAGGCCUCACCGCACCGCCCUACUUCCUCGCUUUCCUCGUGACGAUUCUCAGCACAUGGCUAGCAGACCGCUUCCAGCAGCGGGGCCUCAUGAUCAUAUUCCUCUCGAUAAUCGGCGCAGUCGGUUACGUCCUCCUUGCAACUUGCACCGCCGUCGGAGUCCGCUAUCUAGGCGUUUUCCUCGCCGCUGCGGGUGUUUUCCCCUGUAUCGGUAACAUCCUCCCCUGGGUGCUCAACAACCAAGGCUCCGACAGCCGUCGCGGAAUGGGUAUCGUCCUCCUCAAUAUAAUCGGACAAUGCGGACCAUUCCUGGGCACGAAUAUCUUCCCGUCUAGCGAAGGGCCGCGCUAUAUCAAGGGACAAUGGAUCUGCGCGGCAUUCAUGUUCUUCACGACAUUUUUGGCGCUGACUCUGCGGUGUUUGUUAGUUUGGGAGAACUGGAGGUUGGAUAAGAAGUAUGGGACGAAGGAGGAGAGGGGGAGUGGGGAGAAAGGGGUUAUUGCGGAGGAGAAUUAUGGGGCGGAUUUUCGAUCCCCGCUUUCGCUUCAUAUCAACUUUCAUAUCGCGGGGAUCGAGACAAAUAUACAUCCCUACUCUAACACCAUUACUACAAUGAAUAUGGCCUCAGACCCCUCUACCCUCCACGCCGUCGUGGACAUGGGAAGCAACGGCAUCCGCUUCUCAAUAACCAACACCAGCACCCCCCAACUUCCAACCCUCUACCACUCCCGCGCCGGAAUCUCCCUCUACGACGCCCAAUUCUCCUCCGGCAAUAAUACGCGCCACCCCAUUCCCGACAAUAUAAUCCAAGACGUCCUCACCCGCCUCGUCCACUUCCAGACUGUCUGCGAGGACUUCGAUGUACCGCCGGAGAGCGUACAUGUGCUAGCGACGGAAGCUACGCGCACAGCGACGAAUUCUGAGGCAUUCAGGACAGAGAUCCGGAAAAGGACGGGAUGGGAGGUGAGGAUGUUGAAGAAGGAGGAGGAAGGGAGGAUUGGGGCGAUGGGGGUUGUUGCGAGUUGUGGGAGGCCCGUUGGUGGGUUGGUUAUGGAUUUGGGGGGUGGGAGUACGCAGAUUACUUGGAUUAUGACUGACGGGGAUGGGGAGGUUAGGACGAGUCCGCGCGGUUCGUUUAGUUUUCCCUACGGUGCGGCGGCGUUGAAGAAUAGGUUGGAGCAGGUUGGAGGGGACGAGAAGGGGAGGGAAAAGUUGAGGGGUGAGAUGGUGAGGAAUUUCCAGCAGGCGUAUCGAGAUCUAGAAGUGCCGGAGGAGCUUUUACGGAUGGCGAAAGAGCGUGGUAAGCUUGAUUUGUAUCUUUGUGGUGGUGGGUUUCGCGGUUGGGGGUAUUUGCUCAUGGAGCAGGCCACUGUGAAUCCGUAUCCGAUUCCCAUCAUUAAUGGGUUCCGGGUUCGCAAGGAGGAGUUUCACGAUACAACGUCAGUACUAGGGACUGUUGAUGCAGAUACUAAGGUAUUUGGCGUGUCGAAGAGACGAGCAUCGCAGGUCCCGGCUGUGGCUUUCCUGGUCAACGUGCUCGUCGACGCACUACCGGACAUCCAGAACAUCCAAUUCUGCCAAGGAGGAGUGCGUGAGGGCUUUUUGUUUGAUCGACUGCCUGCGGAGAUCUGUGCUGAGGAUCCCCUCCUAGCAGCGACGAGGCCCUAUGCGACGCCUUCAGCAGACGCCUUUCAGCGUCGCUUGUCAUCAGCCUUGCCAUCUACCCCUCCACCAGAUGAACUGACGCAAGUGCCCCCCUCGUUUUCCCCUCAUCUGCUCUUUGCAUUGGCCAAUCUACUCUUCGCCCAUGCCACCAUCCCCAAAGAGUCCCGUUGUGCAACUGCCCUACACAGCACCACCACCGGCCUCCUAGCAUCCACCAACAGCCUUACCCAUACUGACCGGGCCUUACUUGCCCUCACACUCUGCGAACGCUGGGACGGAGAACUGGCUCCGACCGACCAAUCACUCUACAUACGACUGAGCCGGUGUGUGUCCGCACGGGAAGUCUGGUGGUGUCGAUACUUGGGACGGGUGGCCGCUCUGAUUGGCGAUGUGCAUCCGGCGGGUAAAGUCUCUGGGAAUGAGACCCGGUGGAGGAUCCAAUUUGACUCGCAGUGGGACGAGUUGACCAAAGAGAAGAAGGGCGAGAGGCAGACUGUGCUCCGGUUGCGGGUGAGGUGGAACGGGGACGUCAUGCGGGAUAGCUCGUACAGUCUGGAUGAACACACCGGGAAGAUCGAAAAGGUCGGAAAGAGGAAGAAUUGGGUGGAGGGGAGCGGCGUGAAGGUUCAGGUGGAGGUUUGA